GUCCUCGUUGGCGCUAUGAAUUUUCGAAGUUGAUUAGGAACCACCGCAGAACACGAAUCCGUCGCAUUAUCGAGAUCGUGUGUGUUAUCCCGUGAGCUAUCCGCCUCACGAUCUCGGCUCAUAACCGUAGAAAACUUUUUCUUUUCGUCAGAAUCGGUGCUCCCUCAGGGUUCAAAAUCGAGCGGUGGUGUUAAAUGGAAGAUGGAGAGAAUGAUGGGAAGAGACUAGUGUUUGUGACUGUGGGAACAACGAGUUUCGAUGCCCUCGUGAAAGCAGUGGUCAGUCAAAAUGUUAAAGAGGAGUUGCACAAGAGAGGAUAUACUCAUCUUCUCAUUCAGAUGGGUCGAGGAAUCUACUCUCCACCCAAGUGUGAUGGAGCGGAUGGAUCGCUAGCAGUGGAUUACUUCACCUUCUCCUCGAGUAUCGCUGAUUAUAUUCGAUCAGCAUCACUUGUUAUUAGUCACGCUGGAUCUGGAAGCAUAUUCGAGACGCUGAAGCUAGGGAAACCAUUGAUUGUUGUAGUCAACGAGGAUCUCAUGGACAAUCAUCAGUGUGAAUUAGCUGAAGAGCUUGAAGAGAGGAAGCAUUUGUACUGCGCUCGCCCUCACACGCUUCAUCAGACCUUGACGAAGAUGGAGUUGGACUCCCUGGUUCGGUACACUCCAGGUGAUGGAACACCUGUUGCCCGCAUUAUCGACAGGUUCCUCGGAUUCCCUGAUGAUUAAACGGAUGCAUUUAGAAACAAGUGUUCUGAGAACAGUUUCAACUAAUUAUGUACUAAACCGGUGGUCUUCACAUUGGACUUUGUUUCGUAGAUUCAUAUCUUUGUAAUAGCAAAAGCUUUUUCUUUCU